AUGGAAAUGACAGCCCCAACGACAGGCCCCGAGCCGGCGCGGGUAGCCGACCUGCCCGGCCGGUCCAUGCUGAUCCUCUACGGCUCGGAGACCGGCAACAGCCAGGACAUUGCCGAGGAGAUCGGCCGCGACGCCCAGCGGUUGCACUUCAAAACCAAGGUCGACGAGAUGAACGGCGCUCAGCUGAGCACGCUCCUGCAAUACACGCUCGUCGUCUUGGUCAUAUCAACAACGGGCCAGGGCGACAUGCCCCGCAACUCCGGCACCUUCUGGAGGAGCCUGUUGAGGAAGAAGCUGCCUUCGGGGUGUCUGGGCGCCGUCCGGUUCACGACGUUUGGGCUCGGCGAUAGCAUGUAUAUCAAGUUCAACUGGGCUGCGAGGAAGCUGCACAAGCGGCUGGAGCAGCUGGGGGCCGUGGAGUUUUAUCCUCGAGGAGAAGCUGAUGAGCAGGACUCGGAUGGCGUGGACGAAAGAUACAUGCCAUGGGCAGCCGAUCUGCGCAACAGGCUGCUCGACUUAUACCCACUGCCCGAAGGACUCAGCCCUAUCCCAAACGACGCCCUCCUACCUCCAAGAUACACCGUCGCACUGGCAUCCAGUUCUGGUGCACCGCAGAGUCAAGACCAGUGGUCCAGAGUCUUUGCGAACGGUCACACCGACGAACCCGCAGGCCAAGAAGCUCAAUCCGACGAAAACACCGGCGCCACAACCGCGGUCGAGGACUUGACCCAGAAGACAGGUUCUAUGGCCAUAACCGAGCGCUCCCCGUCAACAACGAACGGGGCCGAGCCCCAGUAUGACCAGCCGCCGGCAACCCUUCUCCCCAUCCCCGGCGGUCAAGACGCCUCCCUCGAGCUCAAUAAGCGGGUGACCCCCGUAACUCACUUCCAGGACGUCCGCCUCGUGCGUCUCGCCCUCGAUCCGACCCGGAAUGGACCGCCCACGAUAAACCCGUUCGACAUUCUGACAAUCUACCCCAAGAACUUCCCUCAAGACGUCCAGAAGCUCAUAGAUCUGAUGGACUGGUCCACAAUCGCAGACUUGCCCCUAUCCUUUACCCCCACCCUCUCGACCUCCUCCUCCUUCUCCUUAUCGCCGUCGUCGUUGUCGUCGUCGGGGCAGCCAGCUCUCCCCCGCGGCCUCUACAUCGACCUCCGCCGCCCGACGACCCUUCGCGACCUCCUCACUCACAACCUCGACAUCACCUGCACCCCGCGCCGCAGCUUCCUCAAGGACAUGUCGUACUUUUCCUCGGACGAGUACCACCGCGAGCGCCUCCUCGAGUUCACCAUGCGCGAGUACACGGACGAGUUCUACGACUACACCACCCGGCCCCGCCGCACCAUCCUCGAGGUCCUCGAGGAGUUCACCUCGGUCCGCAUACCGCUCGCCCAUGUCCUCGACAUGUUCCCCGUUAUGCGUGGCCGGGAUUUUAGCAUCGCCAGCGUUCACCACUCCUACCCCGACUCCCCCCCGUCUCCUGAUCCAUCCCAACCGGCACCGGUAUCGACACCGGCAGCACCGACGGGUAGAAAAAGCGUGACGCUCCUCGUAGCCCUCGUGAAAUACAAGACGAUCCUCCGCAAGACCCGCCAGGGCCUCUGCUCGCGCUAUCUCGAAUCCCUCACCCGCCUAGGCGCGCCCCUACGCGUGACCCUCAACCGCAGCUCCGCCUCGCUUCACGGGCCGGUUCACGCUCGUAGGCCCUUGUGCGCCGUCGCCACCGGCACAGGCGUGGCGCCCCUUCGCCUCUUUGUCGAGGAGCGUCUCUCACAUUCGUCAUCUGGCGUAGGCGACACGGCCGUGUUCUUCGGCAACCGCAGCCGGGACGCGGAUUUUCACUUCCGGGACGUGUGGGAGGACCUCGGGACCCGCUACGCCGCCGUCGCCUCCACUGCGGAAACCCGGGACUCGGCGGCAACGUGCGGCCAUUUCGACAUCCACACGGCCUUCUCCCGCGACCCCGCGGCCCCGCGGCAGUACGUCCAGGACGUGAUCCGGCAGCACCCAUCGACAAUCCGCGCCAUGGCCGCCUCGGAUGCCAUUUUCGUCGUCUGCGGCGGCAGCCUGAAAAUGUCGCGCGCCGUCAAGGAGGCCGUCAAGGACUGUCUGCGCGGGGACGCCGACAAGUACCCGGACGACGCCGCGGUGGAGGCUGCCUUUGCGGGGCUGACGUGGUGGGAAGAGAUCUGGUGA